AUGCCUAGCAUCAGCCACAUUGUUGCACUGGAGGAGCAGAAUCGAGAGUAUUUCAACAAUAACACCUCGACAUUCUCGAAGAUACGUGUUACCAUCCAUACGACCGGGGCCUGGCCGAACUCUCUACAUAGUAACAACCAUGUCACCACUCUCCUCCUUCUUGACCGGGGCGGCGCAGUCCAAGUCAACAUGAGGACCGACGAUGGAGACAGGCGAGGCCAGCUCCAGUGGAAACUAGUCAACUACCGUCAUUCGAGUUCGGAGGUCAAGUGUAUCGACUACGAGCUCUAUGCGCCAGUCCAAGUCAAAACUCUGUAUCGAGCGAUUCGACAUGACUGGAAGCUCCACCAGUAUCUCUUCUCGAGUGGCGGGACUGGAUGCCGCUAUUGGACGUACGUACUCCUUGAUACGAUGUCAAAUGAUACGCGUAGGUUUGCACUGCAUCCUGGUGUGCCAGCCCAUGCUUGGGGCGUGUUCGGAAAGUCUUAUUCUCGAUCUGGCGCUGAGCGGCCGUGUAACCCCAUCCGCCAGGAUCAGUUUCAGAGCUAUGAGGAGUGGUGGAAUGAUUGGUUUACCCUGGAGUAA